UCUGUAUCCCCCCUGAAUACUGCUGCCUGCAAUUGCAUCAUCUGGUGGUACAGUGGGGGCCCAACCACUCAUCUCGUUGGCGGGGAGAUUCAAAGUGGAAAAGUAGGUAUCCCCAUUACCAGAAUUACCGCCUCACAGUUUCAUCCCGAGGCCUCUUCGAUGGGUCAAUUUAAUAUCAAGCAAUGGUAAGGUAUAUAGGUAUGCAGUUCCUGUAUGUCUCAUUCGACAACCUCAUCUCCCUACAAAACCCCUUCAUCCUCAUCCCGGUCCGUUGCGCAUCUCCCCUUUGUCCAGCAUCCAUCCGACUCUACCUAGUAUACUUGGUCUCCGCAUCAUCGCCUUCGCCAAUCACCGAACAGAUCUGGCCUCUCCUAGCCAGCUCUCCUGCUCUUCUGCUCUCUGAUAUCAAUUCGAUACCCCAUGCUCUCCGCAACUCUCGAGCUCAUGGCCCGUCGCUUCUUCCCCGGUCAGAACGCCGCCUUCGGGCUGAGUCUGUUCCUGUUUACCUUCAUGUUCCUUCCAACUCUCGUUGUCCUCCUUGCCGUCAUCGUCUUCUUCCUCAUCUACAGUCCGCGUUUGCGCAAACCCGUCCACCACCAGUAAUCCGUUUGAUGCGUUGCACCCGUUUGUACACUACAUGAUGCAUAGUCCACGAUUGAUACAAUUCCCCUGUCUCUACUACUUGUUUUUCUUCUUUUUGGCCGGUGUUCUUUCUAGAUGUGCUUGGGAUAAGCGCUCUUACUGUUCUACUUCAACCUUCUUCCACCCCUGAUCCUUAACCAGGGCCAGGAGUGACCCCAGGUCGCAAAUCAACCCAUCUGCUUUAUGUUUUCAC